AUGACAGUUUAUGUAGGAGAGACAGAAAGAUCCCUGAAAGAACGCACAGAAGAACAUCUUAGAGAUGUCCGUCAACAAGCAGAUAAACCAAUUAUGAGGCAUUUCGGGGGUCAUACAGCAGAAGAUGUAAAGGUUGCAGUACUUCAAAAGGUGUUUAACGAAGGACGCAUUUACAGACAGAUGGUAGAAGAGGAAUGGAUAAAGAGGCUAGGCACGAAGACACCCCAGGGAUGUAACGUUCUACCUCAGAAAAGGCCUAAGAGACCAUAUAGAUCUAGUUACUCUAAGGAAUCACUUUUAGCAGCAUAUUCUGCUGUAAAAAAUGGGCUUGCAGUUAAGGCAGCAUCUAGACAAUUUGGGGUGCCUGCUCAAACACUAAGAGACCGUGUCAAAGGGUACAUUGACCCCAUAAAUUGUAACCCAGGUCCUGACACAAUGCUUUCCAAGGAGGAGGAACUAACCAUUGUUGAGCAUGUAGAAACCAUGUCACAGCUCGGAUAUGGCUAUUCCAAUGUUCAGUUGCAAGAUCUUGCUGGAGAACUUGCACACAGUUUAGGAAGGAGAACAUCAUCCAAAGCUUUAAGUAACUGUUGGUUGUAUGGUUUCCUUAAUCGCUGGAACAGCCGCCUCACUUCUCUUAAUCCAAGAAGUUUAGAAAGUUGCUGUGCUAAAGGUGUAACCCCUGAAGUUGUUAGUAACUACUAUGGUAACCUUCAUGAAAUACUGGUGAAGUACAAUCUUGAAGAUAAGCCUAUACAUAUCUACAACCUUGAUGAAACUGGACUCCAGCCUAACCAUAAACCUCCAAAUAUUAUUGCACCUCUUCAUUCAAAGCCACAGGCUGUCACGUCUCCGCGCUCUACAACUGUAACCCUCAUUGGAUGUGCUAAUGCUAUUGGAAAUAGUUUGCCUCCAUUUUUUGUCUUUAAGGGUAAAAGGUGGAACUUAGAUCUCAUGCAAGGAGCGAGUGCUGGUGCCAGAGGUGUACUUUCAGAGUCAGGAUGGGCUAACGCCAAAAUAUUCAAGUUGUACCUUGAGGAGCACUUCUUACCCUUGACACGUUCAUACUCCAACAUGUCGCAGCCAAUUCUGUUAUUGUAUGAUGGACACUCAUCACAUGUCUCAACAUCUCUCAUUGAUUGGGCCAAAACUCAGAACAUAAUCUUGUUUGUAUUACGACCACAUUCUAGUCACCUGUUACAGCCUCUAGAUGUUGGCAUUUAUGGUCCUUUAAAGACAUUCUAUCACUCAGAGUGUAGUCUGUACAUGAAGAACAACAUGGGUCAGGUGAUUACUAAAUACCAGAUAUGUGAGCUGGCUUGUAGAGCUUACUUGAAGGCCAUGACUCCUAGUAACAUUCAAACAGCCUUCCGUAAAACUGGAAUCCACCCAUUUUGUGAGAAGGUAAUAUCUCAGGAUAAGUUGUAUCCUGCAGAGGCUUUCCGAGAUGAAACGCCUGUAAAGAAAGUCCAGGCUAUGAAGGCAGGCAAGGAGGAAGUCCAAAAGUUCUUGGAAUGGAAAGCUGAAAAGAAAGAAAAGAAGGUUGUUACAGACACCACUUCUUCAAUUGAUUGUACAAAUCCAGUAAAAAAGAGGCCACUUCCAGGGGGUCAAGCAAUCACUGAGGAAUUAUUUGAAAAUAAGCUCAAGGAUUACAUUGAGGAAACUGCUCAGAAAACAAAGAAAGUAAAUACAUGUACCAAGGCAGGUAAACACUCGCAGAAAAAGAAAACUGACAAACCUUCAUCCCCACUGCCCUCAACAAGUGGAAUUCAGCAACAUAAAAAUCCUCCGGUUAUUGCCCAAGUUGAUGAUUUCGAUGAUGACAGUGAUGAUGAUGAUGAUGAUGAUGAGGUAUGCUGUGUGUGUAAACGUCAGUCUCCUGAGGAAUUGAAGCACUGUCCAUAUUUGGUCAUUGUGAAAUGGGCCCAGUGUGACAACACCAGCUGCAGUCAUUGGGUGCAUCUGAAAUUUUGCACGGAUAUAUCAGUUGUUAGGAGACAUAGCAAAUUUCUAUGCCCCCACUGCCUUGAAGAAUAG